AGUGUCGGCGGCGCGGAGGCGUGUCAGUGCGGCUGUGGUUGCCGGGCCCCAAGUCGGUGGAGCUUAGGCCUUAAGCAGACCUCACUGCAGGCCGCCGCACGGCUGGGUGGCACAGCCUGGGCCCUCGCGCCCCGGGGGGAAGGACCGCAGCUCAGCUGCUCAGCCUUCUCGAUCUCUCUGCCUUCCCGGCGACCAACGAAAAGCUCCCUUGGAAUUUCGAUUCUCCGGGUGACCUUGAACUCUCAGAGAGACGCCUAAGCUUGCAGUUCUGGCCGCACUCGGCUGUUCAGGAACUUUGUGAGAAUUUCAGUAUAUGGAAACACUGUCCAGUUCCAACCAGUGUGUAUCCAAAGGUCUCAGUAUAAUACCAGGACCAAAAUACUGCAUAUCAGUCAGCCAGCCAGCCGUAUACUUAAUGACUCCUAAAAAUCUCAUGGACUUCUAAAUUUUCUUUUUGCCCAGGAAGCACCAUGGCCUAUGCUGCUGUCUUGACUGCGGGGUUAUUUCGAGGCUCUGUCUGCUCCCAGGCUGCUUUGUCAAGAGCGAUACCUAGGGCUUUGCGCCACCUUACUCUCACCAGCAUAAUGAAAUCCAAAAGGAAAACUGAUCACUUGGAGAAAACUGCAAAUGCCGUUCGACAGGAGGUCGUGUCAGCAGCUAAGGUGUGUGGAAUAGCCAAUGAGUCACCCACCGUGAAGAGGCUCCGCCUGCUUGUUGCUGAUCAAGAUUUUUCUUUUAAAGCUGGCCAGUGGGUCGAUUUCUUUAUCCCAGGAGUCUCUGUGGUUGGUGGGUUCUCGAUAUGCUCCAGCCCUGGACUGCUAGAACAAGAGAGAGUGAUAGAAUUGGCAGUGAAAUAUACGAACCACCCGCCUGCUCUGUGGAUUCACAAUCAGUGUGCACUUGACUCUGAAGUGGCGGUGAGAGUGGGUGGAGAGUUCUUCUUCGACCCUCAGCCUGCAGCCGCUGCGGGGAACCUCGUGCUGAUCGCGGGGGGAGUCGGCAUUAACCCCCUGCUUUCCAUCCUGAGGCACUCGGCGGACCUCCUCAGGGAGCGGGCAGACACGGGGAGAGGAUGGGAGACAGGGACGAUAACACUGCUCUACAGCGCAAAGAACACCAGCGAGCUCCUGUUCAAGAAAAAUAUCCUCGAUUUAGUCAAUGAAUUUCCUAAGAAGAUUGCAUGCAGUUUUCAUGUUACAAAGCAGACUACACAAAUCAGUGCAGAACUCAAGCCAUAUAUCACGGAAGGAAGAAUAACGGAGAAGGAGAUAAGAGAUCACAUUUCAAGAGAGACUUUGUUCUAUAUUUGUGGCCCACCUCCGAUGACAGACUUCUUCUCCAAGCUACUAGAAAACAGCCAUGUUCCCAGAGAACACAUUUGCUUUGAGAAGUGGUGGUAGGGAGCAGGCACAGGCAGAGCGGAGAGGCUGUGAGCUGUUCCCGGCCAGGCAGAGAUGCCGCAUUACGUGAUCUGUGGCACGAUGAGCUGCUCUGCCCAGCCUUCUUUUUCUAAGGCUGUGAGCUGAGUGACCUGCUGGAGAGCGAAAGAAGAACCAGCUGACAAGACUUAGAUGAUAAACUUUUUACAAAGACUUUAUUGAUUGAACUAUAUUUUAUUCUCCUGACUUUCUUUUAUUAGUAACUGUUUGAUGACCUCAUGAUGUACCUUGAAUUGAUCAAUACAGAUUUUCUUUCCCCUGAGGGAACAAAAAGACAUAUUUAAGCAUAUGAAAAUGUGGUUUUGUGUGUGAAAUGUAGGCUAUCUUUAAAUUAUUUGACA